ACACAAUUUAACGCCACCUUAAGAAGUAGAACAACCAAGUAUCGCUUUAUACAGAAGAGAAUACGGCGCCAAUGUUAACGUCAGUCUUGCUGAUACUUUUGGAAGGUGAAGAGUCUCGGGCUCAAGAAUCAUCUCCAAGCAACCCCAUUCCUAGUCCAACAAAACUGACUAGACAUGCAAGAGUACAAAUAAUCAUAGCCCUUAUUCUAGGACUAACUGCAUUCACAACGUUUUCCUUCUUAAGAGUACGAUAUCCAAAAAUUUACGUGGCAAAUUUCAACCAAUACAAUGUGAACUAUUUACAUAGUAGUUCCAGACAGAAACUUCCUAGAUUACCAGCCAGGUCAUUAUUCGGCUGGAUACCAGUAUUGUAUGGCAUUAGUGAGAAGCAGGUCUUGGACCAUGCUGGAUUGGAUGCAGUUGUGUUUCUAGGAUUCUUCAAAAUGUGCAUAAAAAUUCUAUUACUCUGUGUGAUUCUUGCUGUUUCCGUGAUUACUCCAAUUCGUUAUAAAUACACAAGAAGAGUUGAUGACGAUGAUGAUGGAUGGCCCAUGAUUGCGGGUCUGAAAUCUAAACACGAUAAGGAUUCGGGUGAAUACCCACAAUAUUUAUGGAUGUAUACUAUUUUCACGUAUAUCUUCACUUGCAUUGUGGGAGGGUUCCUCUUUGAUCAAACCGUUAAAAUCAUCCACAAGAGACAAAAAUUCCUUGGGAAACAAAAUUCUAUCACUGAUAGAACCGUCAAACUUUUGGGAAUCCCGCCACUGUUGAGAGAUGAAACUGCUUUGAAACGGCACAUUGAACGAUUAGGUGUUGGACAAGUGGACACAAUUGCCAUUGUGAAAGAAUGGAAUGAAUUGAAUCGACUUUUCAAAGUACGCAAGAAGGUUAUACGUCAAUUAGAAUGCUAUUGGGUUGAAUAUUUCAGCUCCAAUGGGAUUCGUAAUAAAAAUGAGAUGUUGCUGUCCAAUUUACAACCACAACUUAGUGAACCAAUUAACUUGAACAAUCAAUAUAGAGACAUCUUGCCACAUGAAGAAGAAGAAGAAGAAGAAGAAGAAGAGGAUGAAAUAGACGGAAUAGGAUCACACGAGGAAGUAGGUGCUAUAACCAUUAGCGGAAGAAGCCCUGCCCAUGAUAUAACUAGUCCACUUUCCACUUCCACAACCCGGCCAGCCAGUAUCAUAGAUGAAAUUACAGACCAUUUGGAAAACGAAAUCAAUGAAGAUGCUCUGUUACCGUUAUUGAAUGAUGUUUCUUAUAUACGUCCGAAAAUACGAACUGGAUUUCUUGGAAUUUUCGGACCCAAAGAAGAUGCAAUCACAUUCUAUUCGCAGCAACUUGAAGUUGUCGAUAAGGAGAUUGUCAAGGCAAGAAAAAGAGAAUAUCCAGCAACUUCAGCUGCGUUUGUCACGAUGAAAUCUGUCGCACAAGCGCAAAUGAUUGCCCAAACUGUGCUCGAUCCAAAGGUCAACCACCUUAUCACCAACUUGGCACCAGCUCCGCAUGAUAUUAUCUGGGACAACCUUUGUUUAACCAGGAAGGAAAGAAACACAAGAAUUUUCUUGGUGACUCUGUUCAUUGGGUUAUUGAGUAUUAUCUUGAUUUUCCCUGUUUCAUAUUUAGCAGCCCUUUUAAAUAUCAAAACUAUCUCCAAAAUGUGGCCUAAAUUUGGUGAGCUCUUGGAAGCUAACCCAUGGGCAGAAUCAUUGGUUACGAGCUUACUUCCAACAUAUAUAUUUACUCUUUUCAACAUUGUUAUGCCAUAUUUUUACAUUUGGAUAUCUUCCAAACAAGGCUAUACAUCUCAUGGAGACGAGGAAUUAUCAUCAGUGUCAAAGAAUUUCUUUUAUAUCUUUGUGAAUUUAUUCUUGGUUUUCACCAUGGCUGGAACUGUAACCUUGACCAACACCACAGAAUUUGCUAGUCAAUUUGCUCAAUCAUUAAAGGAAGUUUCCUUGUUUUAUGUUGAUUUGAUUAUUUUACAAGGACUUGGGAUCUUCCCAUACAAGCUUUUACUCUUGGGGAAUCUUUUAAAGUUCCCCUUUAGUACCAUCUUUUGGUGUAAAACCCCAAGAGACUAUCUUAAUCUAUACAAACCACCAGUGUUUAACUUUGGACUUCAAUUACCACAACCCAUUUUAAUUUUGAUCAUCACCAUUAUUUAUUCGGUUCUUUCGACCAAAAUCCUUACUGCUGGUUUAAUUUAUUUCAUAGUUGGAUUCUUUGUUUUUAAGUACCAAUUACUUUAUGCUUGUGUUCACCCUCCACAUUCCACUGGGAAAGUUUGGCCAUUGAUUUUCCGUCGUGUUAUUUUGGGACUUCUUAUUUUCCAACUCACUAUGGUUGGGAACUUGGCAUUACAAAAGGCAUAUGUUUGUGCAUCCUUUUUGGCACCGUUGCCAUUAUUAACCUUUGCAAGUUUAUGGACAUUCCAAAGGAGAUACAUUCCCUUAUCGAUUUUCAUUGCUUUGAGAUCAAUAGAGAACAAUGAGCUACCUCACACGACUGGUGAUACUUACCACGACGAAGAGGCGCUUAUUGAAGGUUCAGAACAAUACAAAACUCUUGAUGAGAGAAGAGAGUUGAACAAAACAUACGAGUACCCUCAUCUUAUCGAUAAUCUUGAUGGUCCACUUAUUGCCGUCGAAGGAAAUGAUAUGUUGUUGAUAAAUAACGAUGGUACUGUAAGAAAAUGCAAGGCCCUUGAAGAAUGGUAUUAGUUUUUAGAGAGAUGUAUAUUACACUUAAUUAAUGAGAAAUUUUAUAUUUUAUUAACCCCAAUCU